UUUAGUAAUAUUAUACUGUUAAUUACACCAAAAAAUGUUUAAUUUUAUUUUUCUUUAAUAAAAAAUUAAAAUUAAAAUUAAAGAAAAUUGUUGAAAUGUAAAAUAGUUUUAUUAUCAUUAUUAAAAGAGUUUUUAAAGUUGCAAUAUAGAUAACCAAAGUAAUAAUGAUGACUGCCACAUGUUGUAUUUGUCAACGUCAAUUAUCAAGUGAGAUCGAUAAGAAGAACAUCUUCAAAGAUUGUCUAUUAAUUCAAUCUGAUUUUGAUAAGACAGAGGAAAAAUCUACUUCGGUUAAAAAAUUAAGGUUAUACACAGCGAUCGAAUUAAUCAUAGGAACUAAGGUAUCCAAAUCCAAAGGAUCACCAUCAAUUCUCUGCAAACAAUGUUAUCGAAAAUUGGAAGAUCAUAUAAAUUUUCGAACCCAAAUUUUAAUUUCAUUUGGAAAAACAGUCCAAGAUGAGAAAUCUAGUUUCUCUACACAACAAACAUUUGUAAAUACUAAAAGAGAAGAAUCACAGAAAAUCAAAGAAAAUUCUUCAAAUGAUAUCAUUAAGAGCGCAGACUGCCCUGAAAAUUCAGAUAAUCACCAAAAUCCUGAUGAUUUGAUAAAUGUCGAUGAAAACAGUGACUCAAUAGAUUUAUCAACAUUACGUAAUAAUGAUAAGGAUACAAAUGAUUUCACUAAUUUUAAAAAAGUACAAACCGAUCAGAAAAAUAACAAUCUAAACGAUUCAGACUCUUCGAAUGACAACAUUGAUGUUCUCAAUUGUAUUGAAAGUCCUAAACGAAUUUUAAAUAAUGAUUUAGAAUCAGACAUUGAUGUCUGUUCUGGCGAUGAUGAUGAAAUUUUAGAAAUAGAAUCAGCAAAUAAAAAAGAAGAAUUAAACUUAUCUGAAAACUCAUCCGAAUCUGAAAUUGAAGUCUGCGAUUAUGAACCAAUAGGAAAAAAAACAAGAAAUUUAGAUUCAAUUUAUUCAGGGGUUAAUAUUUAAUUUAUCGAAUGAAGCAAUAUAUGAGUGAAUUAAUUAAAAUUUCUAAACAAUCAAAAUGUGUGGUUUGAAUAAUGCACGAAAGAAAUGUGUGCCUGAUAAUUUUAU